UCUUUUUCAGCUCAUCUGCCUGUUCCUGUCAUCAGCAGUAACUCUUCACAAUGUUCUUCAUCAUCAUCAUAUUGUUCAUUGGUGUGUUCAGUGGUGAAUGUGAGUCAUGUGACUCUCUCCUGGUACAAAGGAAACAGUUUAUUGUCCAGCAUCAGUGUGUCUGAUCUCAGCAUCAGUCUCUCUCUACCUCUGGAGAUUGAGCGUGUGGAUGAUUCCUACAGCUGUGUUGUGGCUUAUUCAUUCACCAACCGGACCACACAUCUCAACACUGAACUCUGUCACACAUGUUCAGACUCUGUCCACUGUUGUGGUCCAACUGAAGCUGUGAUCCGAUUGGUCCUCUCUGCUCUGGUGGGUGUGGCUACUGUCAUUCUUCUGGUUUAUGACAUCAGAUCCAGAAGAGCUGAACAAGAUCAAGCACAUAUUCACAAAUCAGCACUUCAAUAUGCUUUAAGACAAACCAUGUGCAAAGCAGGGGAGUCUCAUAAGAAGCCAAGUCAUCCCGGUGUGUUUGGUAAAGAAGUGUUAGUGGGAGAUUCAGUCACUCUACAUUCUGGUUUUACUGAAAUGGAGGACGAUGAAGUGAUUCAGUGGGGUUUUGGACGUGCAAACACUUUAAUAGCUGUGAUCAAUAAACAGGCCGACAUCAUGACUGUAUAUAAUGGUGUUCUUGAUGGGAGAUUCAGAGACAGACUGAAGCUGGACAAACAAACUGGAUCUCUGACCAUCACAAACAUCACAAUGAAACAUGCUGGACGUUAUAAACUUACAGUUUUACAGAUCUUCUAUUUAAGGAUUGAUUACAUUCUCACUGUGUAUGCUCGUCUGCCUGUUCCUGUCAUCAGCAGUAACUCUUCACAAUGUUCUUCAUCAUCAUCAUAUUGUUCAUUGGUGUGUUCAGUGGUGAAUGUGAGUGAUGUGACUCUCUCCUGGUACAAAGGAAACAGUUUAUUGUCCAACAUCAGUGUGUCUGAUCUCAGCAUCAGUCUCUCUCUACCUCUGGAGAUUGAGUGUCUGGAUGAUUCCUACAGCUGUGUUGUGGCUUAUUCAUUCACCAACCGGACUACACAUCUCAACACUGAACUCUGUCACACAUGUUCAGAUGGGAGAUUAAGAGACAGACUGAAGCUGGACAAACAAACUGGAUCUCUGACUAUCACAAACACCACAACUGAACAUGCCAGAGAUUAUCAACUACAGACUGACAAAAUGACAGAGAGUUUUAUUGUCUAUGCUCGUCUGCCUGUUCCUGUCAUCAGCAGUAACUCUUCACAAUGUUCUUCAUCAUCAUCAAAUUGUUCAUUGGUGUGUUCAGCGGUGAAUGUGAGUGAUGUGACUCUCUCCUGGUACAAAGGAAACAGUUUAUUGUCCAACAUCAGUGUGUCUGAUCUCAGCAUCAGUCUCUCUCUACCUCUGGAGAUUGAGCGUGUGGAUGAUUCCUACAGCUGUGUUGUGGCUUAUUCAUUCACCAACCAGACCACACAUCUCAACACUGAACUCUGUCACACAUGUUCAGACUCUGUCCACUGUUGUGGUUCUACUGAAGCUGUAAUCCGAUUGGUCCUCUCUGCUCUGGUGGGUGUGGCUACUGUCAUUCUUCUGGUUUAUGACAUCAGAUCCAGAAGAGCUGAACAAGAUUGA